GAUUCUCCUCAAUUCCAGGCUUCACCUCUUCCUCCUCCCAUCAAGCACCACCCCCAAAACAACAUCUCGCAUCGCGUCCAGAAAGAGGCGGCUACUCGCGCUACAGACCGUAUAAAAUUCCGACUUGCACCCUUCAAAUGAGCGCGUCAAGCCUCCUUUGCUGGAACAACCGGGGCCUGUAGAAGGGACCUGCAGAUGUUCUCGCAGUUCGCUGGAGACUUUGCAGGUCGCCUGUCGUCGAAGCUGUUCCUCCUUUCUGGACACCCGUGCGGCUAGGUGAGUUGACUUAUCCUGGUAGGCGAACUAACCGUAGAAAUGCUACCCCUACCAAUUGAUAUGUCUCUCGAUUUACAGCAUACUACGAAAGCCGUGGUGGCGUGGGCAAUGGAGGACGGUACGAUGCAGUUUUUGACCAGGCCGGAUCCGAAGUCGAGUGUCAUCACGCUCAAGACGUGGUUUAACGCUGAGGCUGCUUUUUUUGAGCUGGCUGUGCCUAUCAAGCUCAAGGGCGUCGGUGUCGUCGCGGAUGCCAUUCUUCGAGUUUGUGCGUCAUCCAUCGUUUCUCUUCAGGCUGUCAAGAGCCCGAGUGUUCCCCCGGCAAUAGGAGAGGCGUUCAAGUCCACCACGCUGAGUCUCGACUUUACAUUAAGCCGCCCUCCCGCCAUAAUUGUCCACGCCGCUGCUACCGAGCCGUUAUCUCCAUCGAAAAGAUCCUCCGGAGUAGUCCUCGACGCUAUACGCCAUCUAUCCAAGACCACUGCCUUCUCCGUCCACAUCGAUGCUCGAGAUGCGCCGCCCAAUAUGCAACAAGUCACCGAUGCAGCCAGUCAAGGUCUCUUCAGGUCCUGCAGUACCCGAUACCAUAUCGCCAGUUUGUACGGCGGCGUCGGAGGCAAGCUCGCUGAAUCGGCAGACUCAGCCGAUACAGCCCCGCCUCCAUCUUACCAAGAAACCACAACAUCCUCCCCUCCGCCUCCGCUGAUCCAGCAGCCCGCUAGCAAAAAGCGCCCUCGCCAAGAUACCAAUACCGAUACAGAACGCGACGACAUCAGCCUCCUCUGGGGUGAACUCCGCGCUAUCAAAGAAGCGCAAAGUCGGGUCGAUGUCAAACAAGUACAAGGUCGAGUCGAAGCCUUGGAGACGGAGAACCAGAAGCUGAAGGAGCAAAACAAGGAGCUGGCUCAAAGCCUGGUCAGUCUCCAAGAGCGAUACGACACCUUGGAGGAUCGUUUUGCGGCCCUUGAUUCCAAGAACGACGAGCUUGCGGAAACCUAUGACCUCGCGUUCGCGGAUCUGGGUGAGAACAUGGAUAGGCUUGAGGGUGUCAUUGAUUUCGUCCACGAAGGAGGGGUUCGUGACGAGUCACUCAACGUCAUUAAAGACGCUGUUGUCCAGGAGAUUAUGACGCGGCUGGCCAAUGGGUGAGUCCCGUUGUCCUUGUUCCACAACAUAAUCUAUCUCGGGAUGCUCCCCAUGUCGAGCUGAUCUUAUGUCGCUGUACGACACUGAAUUCCUGCGGAACCGUGCUCGUCGAACCGCCCAUUGAGGGACACCAUCAACCGUCAAGGACGCAUCAUCGCUUCAGCCAUCGUCGGCAGACCCCAAGAUGAAUGGUACUCCGCUGCUAAGGCCUGAUAAGGGAGGGAAAGCGUAGACAACAGGCAACCCACUGGCAUGUAUCAUCGCUAAGCCUUGUGCCGCGCCGAAGACCUCAGGCCUUAGGGAGUGUCCAAGUUGUAUGUCACACGUAUUUGCGCUCGACGGGAGCAGUGUCUCACGAGUCGAUAUGUGUUAGUCGCAGAAGGGCAUCUUUCACAACAACCAAUUACGAUCUUGACGAUAUUGGCCUACAAGUCAUCGAGACCAUAGAUGCCAGAGAGUAUGCAUUCAACGCCAGUGCUCAUAAUACUCGACGCAGCUGCGUCACCAAUAUCUGCCAGAACAAGGUCAUCUUUGCAUUCUUCGUGCCAUCAAAUCAGCACUACCUAGGGUGAAGCUCGAGUACCUCUCGCUUAUCCCCUCUAUGUGCCAGGAAAACGAAAUGAUGAUAAAACCUAAUACCUAUAAUGAUUAUAGACGCUUGGCUUUGAAAGCGUGAGGCCUUAAAACUGUUUUUGAGCCUGUCAUGUAUAGGGUAACCGGAGUUGUAAAAAAUGGGAUCAUGGCUAAUAUCGCGUCUGGCGGGUGAGACAGUUCUCCGAGAGUUCCACGUUUGCAGAACCUGUAGAGUCAUGUGUUCGGUAUCAGCGCAACCAGAGUCAUCAGCGGCCUAGAUGCUGAAAAGACCUGCCACUGCAAUAGGAACUACCAAGCGUCCAAGCCUAAGUCAGAUAAUAAAUGACAACACGAUUUUUUUUUUUCCCUCUAUAUGAACUAUUGCAAAC